UCCAAAGGAGACUUAGAUAAUGACUUGAACUUGACCGACACGGAGCAGCAUGACGACAGCGAGCAAUAUGACGAUGGCGAGCAGUCCGACGGCGAUGACGAAGACCCUGUCAUUCAUGAUGGGGACAAUAGUGACGUGUUCGCCGGUGGAGAUAUAUACUAUGGUGAGGAUAACAACUAUGACGAUUUGCGCCACUUGAAGCGUGUGUGGCUACCACCCUCAGAUGAUGAGGGUGACAGCACACAGAGUCAUAAGCGGACGCGCCAGUCCGAAGAUUCGCCUUCCCCACAACAAGGUGAACAGCGACUUCCACGCAAGAUUCAUCAGAGUAAGGGCCAUGUAGCGGCCCAUGAUUAUGAAGUAGCAGUGCAGCAACUCAUCAAGUUCGCGAUCAGCCAUUUCUGUGUCUGGCUCGCAUCCAAGUAUGCCUAUCCGGAUCGCAUGACUCAAGUCCUUUGGGCGAAGGAGGCCUGGAAGGAGGCAUGUAGCUGUUAUGAGAUGGAGAUGGGAUUCAAUGGUGAGAUCAUCCAGAUGAUUACCCGGCGCACAUCGCAUCUCACAAGUGAGGUGAAAGGGAAAGUUCGCCCGCUUGUCGAGAAUAUUUAUGGUUUCGAGUCCACCAAUCGGGAGUCCAUCAAGUGUAGGAAUCGCAAACUCGCCCGUCAGCUCAAGGAUAAAUUUGGCAUGUGUUACCGGGACCUCGGGGACCAACAGAAUAAUGUCCCUCGCAGUGGCCUCUUUCGGUCAAGGUUAAAUCAGCAAGCGGCAAAUUUACUCUGGUACCGCAACAAGAAGGAUGAAGGGAUUGUUUUUGAGAAAUCUUUUUCGCCGUUUCCAAUUCCAGCCUUGGCCUUAGUGUACACCGCAGCCGAAUGUUGCAUUGAUGAAUGGUAUGACGGCGAACGGGUAGAUAUCAGCAUCUUGAGCGGCGAUUAUAAGGAGAUUUACGACAAGCAUCUUGCGAACCUGAAGAAGUUUCACACUCGAACGAAGGAUCACGGAAUCCUUGAUGGCAUCCUGACGGAAAUCAACAACAAUGGCAGGUUGCAUGCUAAGGUGGAUCCGAUUAAAAUCGGAGACGGUGACUGCCUCUCAGACGACGAGAUCAACAAGGCCAUCCGGGAAUACCAGCAGGGUGGUGGUGCAGAUGACAGUGACGAGGUGGAGUCUGACUUGGAGCUUGAGGGUGGUCGAUUUGAAGGUGAUGAUGUUGAGGACGCGAGAAUAACUGCUGACUAGUAUUAAACUGUUAAACCGUGAAUGCACGCCAUUGAUCUCCC